CACCAUCGCAAACACAGACGUGCUCGCGUCCCGGCCAGCCACCUUCCACGCUGACAUGUAGGCUGAUUUGAAUUCUACGCCCAAGAGCUCGAAGGGAGUUCCGAAAGCUUUAAGUUGACAGUGUGGCGCUUUACAGCCGACUCUCAGACGAAUCUCUUUGUACGAUGUGACAUGACAAUCCGGCUUUUUUAUAUUUGUAAUUUUUUUUUUUACACGCCGAGUGGGAGUUUCUAAACAGAAGAUAAUCGGAACUGUAUUUCCGUGGUUUGAUAAGGCAGUCGGAAGCAUUUAUCAGACGGACACUUGAAACAUCAUAUCGGGAAGUUGAUGUUUACCUCGAAAGAUCGUUAUAGGCGAGAUAUUUAUUUAAAAACAACAUAAAUAUUUUUUUCGGCUUAGUUUUUUGCUUGUGAAAAAAGUGUAAUUAAAGAGUUGACGUUUUAAAACGAUGGAGUCGGGGCGCCGGAGAGGGUUAAGUAGCCUCCUGUCUUCACUAUCUCUAUUCUGUGUCAUUCUGGACCUGCAACUGGACGGUGUAUUAGGUGCCACGCCUGUGGAAAUUGAGCAGCACCUGGAGAUGGGCCGCAAGCUUCUGGCUGCAGGGCAACUGGCUGAGGCGCUCUCCCAUUACCACUCAGCAGUCGAAGGUGACUCAAAAAAUUACCUUACUUACUACAAACGUGCAGCUGUUUUUUUGGCCAUGGGGAAGUCCAAAUCAGCCUUGCCGGAUCUGACACGAGCCAUUCAGCUUAAACCAGACUUCCUAGCUGCUCGGAUACAGCGAGGAAAUAUUCUCCUGAAGCAGGGGAACACUCAGGAAGCCAGAGAUGAUUUUCAGGCAGUGUUGCAGCGCUCCCCAGACACAGAGGAGGCCCAUAGUCAGCUCAGAAGAGUUGAGGAGCUGGAGCAGCUCCAGGAGGAGGCACAUAAGGCCCAUCACCGUGGUGAUUACUCAACCACUAUUCAGGUGCUGGAGCGUGUCAUAGAGCUCUCACCUUGGGAUCCAGUAUCUCGGGAACUAAGAGCAGAAUGCUACAUCCGCAUUGGGGAGCCGAGAAAAGCCAUAUUAGACCUGACGCCUGCAGCACGGCUCAGAACGGAUAACCGAGCAGCUUUUCUGAAACUCAGCCGUUUGCUGUACGACCUGGGAGAACACCAUGAGUCACUCAGUGAGAUCCGGGAGUGUCUGAAGCUGGAUCAAGAUGAUAAAGAGUGUUUUAGCCAUUAUAAACAGGUGAAGAAGCUUAGUAAACAGCUGGACUCUGCUGAGGAACUGAUCUCAGAACAGCGAUAUCAAGAAGCAAUAGAGAAGUAUGAGUCUGUAAUGAGGACCGAACCAAAUGUUCCUCUCUACUCUAGCAAAGCAAAGGAGAGGAUCUGCUUCUGUCUGGUGAAGAAUAAGCAGGCAGAGGAGGCAGUAGACAUGUGUUCAGAGGCCCACCAGAGAGACCCUCAAAAUAUCCACAUCCUCCGAGACAGAGCCGAAGCCUACAUUCUGUUACAAGACUAUGAGAAAGCUGUGGAGGAUUAUCAGGAGGCACGGGAGUUUGACCAGGAGAAUCAGGAGAUCCGUGAGGGUCUGGAACGUGCACAGAAACUCUUGAAGCUUUCACGUAAAAGGGACUACUACAAAAUCUUGGGAGUAAGCCGGUCUGCUAGCAAACAGGAAAUCAUUAAAGCAUAUAGAAAGCUGGCACAGCAGUGGCAUCCGGACAACUUCCAGUCUGAAGAGGAAAAGAAGAAGGCUGAGAAGAGGUUCAUCGAUAUUGCCUCAGCUAAGGAGGUUCUGACAGAUCCAGAGAUGCGUCAGAAAUUCGACUCAGGAGAAGACCCCUUGGACCCUGAGAACCAGCAGGGAGGAGGAGGAGGAGGCGGCGGCUGGCCUUUUGGCUUCAAUCCCUUUGAGUCGGGUGGAAAUUUCCACUUCAAGUUCCACUACAACUAAUAUGGCUAUGCCAUUGAAUAAUGUGGAUGUGAUCAUUAUGGACAGUGGACUGGACUUAUUUAAAAUUCCACAAAGAGAAGUUAAGAAGCACAUCCACAUAUUCUUCAGAUGACUCUUCUGUUGGCUCUUUUCACACGGGUGGUUGAGUGCCAAUGCAGACUUGAAUAUGCCAACUGUUGGAUUUCUUAAGGAAUCAAAUACUAUUUUUUUUUGUGAUUGAUACAUUGAUUGCUUGACUCCAUGUGGUCAACGGCUGUGAUGAAUGAAGUCUUGUUUAGUAUUUUUCAAAGCUAUUCUAUUUCAGCUUUAUCAGCUGACUGUCCCUAUGGCAUUUGCUGUUCUUGCUACAGGGAUGUCCCUUCUCUCUUUGUCAUGCAAAAGUCCUCUGUCCUCCCAUUUUUCUCCAACUGAGUAGUUCACAUUAGCAGGUUUUGAUUAGAAGUACGUAUCUGUGACAUUGAUGCCCAAUCAGUCCCAAUUCAUCUACUUAUACUAUGCAUUAAAAGCAUGUACUCAUUUUUUUUUUUUUUCUUUUCUCUUUUCAGAAAAAGUACAUGCUCGGAGUGUGUAGUAAAAUAGUUUGGGAUAUAUGAACAUGUCACGAAACUGAAGAGAAUAUUGUUGCCUAGUUACAAACACUGUUACUGUAAAAAAAAAAAAAAAAAAUCCUUGUUGUAUUUCAGCUUUCCUUCCAUUUAAAUGCUGAAGGAUCUUCACCAACCUUCACAACCACACUCAUCUGCCAUGUUUGCAGUUUGAAGUCAGGGAAGCAAAUUGUCACUAAAACUCCUCCUUCCUCGUACAAGAUAUCGUAGGCAAAAUUAACAAAAAAUUGUGUACGGUUUCCUACAAUUUGGGACACCCUAAUCACAGAUACUAUUUAGGAUGGUUAGUCUGCGAAGUGGGACGCAGCAUGAAUGUUUUUAGGUUCAGUCCCAGCCCUCCAGACUUUAUUACUUUAAAUCAGUAUUGCAUAUUUUGUGCAUUUAUUUGAUCGGUAUAGUUUGCAGGAAAGGAAAUGUUAUUCUGAGUAUUGUGAUAACUCUUUUUGUCCUUAUGUGUGGUUUUUAAUGAGGUGAUUGGCUGACAUUUGUUUCUUUUGUUAAGCCAAUUUCAGGUGAACAUAUCAGAUGUCACUCAGUACAUUAGACCACAAUGGCUAUUGAAUGAACAGAGAGCCUGCAGGUCUAGUUUGUGCAGUCAGUUCAAGACAAGAUCAUAGCUUUUAAGAUCAUGAGUACCAGGACACCUUUUGAACAAAGUGUCUCAUCAUAAACAAAAUUCUCUCAGAACUACUGGUAAACCGAAUCAUUUGCGUCACCUUAAGACUUAUGUUCCUAACUCUGUUGUUCUAAGUUCCCCCGAAAUAAUUUAAUAUAUAACUUUCAGCCCAUUCUUUAUUUCUGGCACAAAUUGUGGUAGACAGUCAGACAUAAAUUAAGACAUUUGUAAGCAUUUGAAAUGUUUUAUCUAUUUGACUAUGUUUUUCCAAUCAAAGCUUUAUAUAAACUUGCAGAUUCCCCUGGGUUUUUCUUUUCUUUUUUAUCUUUCUUUUUUUUUUUUUUUUUUUGCUAUUUAUGGUUGUGUUUUAUUGUUUUUUUUGCUUUCUUAGAAAGAACUUAUUUGAAGCAACUUUUAGGAUGGAUUAUUUAAAAAUAACAGGGAAUGUUCUGAUUAAGA